GAUCAGUCUCUCUCCCCAUCUCUGUCUCUCUGCAUAGGCAAUCAGAGCUCGAACGCGCAGACCCAACUCUCUCUCUCGCACUGGCUGUAAUGAAUUUUCUGCCUGAAUGUAGGUCGCUUCCAACUGCAAGCACAAGUUUCCUUCCAAACCAGUGUUGUUGUUUUUCCUGUUGUUAUUUUUAAUUUUUUUUUCUUUUCUCUGUGGCCAUUGCAUUCCUUUGGAGCAGCAAAUCGCUUUGGAUUCCAAAAAGAAGAGCAGGAACCGUGUGUGAAUGAUUCUGGCUGUAAGAUACCCUGAGAGGAUUUCCUGGCGAUGUAAAAAAGACCCUUAUGUAUCUGCAGCUAUUGCAGUGUUAAGGCUGACUGUGUGGGCUGCAAUUCACUGGAAGGAGCUGUUGUGCUAAGGAAGUGGAGUAACUGUGCAUCUCUCCCUUCUCUAUUCCUUGGGAAGUGUUGUAUGUUAUCAGGAUUAAGCCAACACUGAAAUCUGGAAUGGGCCUGAGGGGAAAGCACUCCCUUGUUUCUUCUGACACUGGAAUUUGUCUACAGUCAGUCAACUGAGGCACCUGCCACUCAUCAACUUUUGUUUUUUUCCCUGCCUGAACAAGGUUACAUUUUCCCUCGUUUCAUCUUCUUUUAUUUAUUGAUUUUUUUUCCUUAACUGAUUAAUUUUCUCCUGGCUGUGGAAAAAAGAGCUUUUCUGAUGUUGAUUUAAAUAAUGUCGAAACCAAUGGGACUUCUAUGGCUGCCUUUGAUCUUCACUCCAAUCUGUGUCAUGUUGAAUUCUAAUUUCCUCCUGUGGAUAACUGCACUGGCUAUAAGAUUUACUCUCAUUGAUGGCCAAGCACAAUAUCCAGUUGUUACCACAAAUUAUGGCAAAAUACGUGGUUUAAGAACACCUUUGCCCAAUGAGAUCCUGGGUCCAGUGGAGCAGUAUCUGGGCGUUCCUUAUGCUUCCCCUCCAACUGGAGAAAGGCGAUUUCAGCCCCCAGAGCCACCGUCUUCUUGGACGGGUGUCCGUAACGCUACGCAGUUUGCUGCAGUGUGCCCUCAGUACCUGGAUGAGAGGUCUCUGCUCAAUGACAUGCUGCCAGUCUGGUUUACAGCCAAUUUGGAUACCGUGGUGACAUACGUUCAAGAUCAAAAUGAGGACUGCCUAUACCUGAAUAUCUAUGUGCCCACUGAGGAUGGAGCCAACACAAAGAAAAGCGCAGAUGAUAUAACCAGUAAUGAUCGUGGUGAAGAUGAAGACAUUCACGAUCAGAACAGCAAGAAACCAGUUAUGGUCUACAUCCAUGGUGGAUCUUACAUGGAGGGUACUGGCAACAUGAUUGAUGGGAGCAUUCUGGCAAGUUAUGGAAAUGUCAUUGUUGUCACCCUUAAUUACAGGCUGGGAGUUUUAGGUUUUCUGAGUACUGGGGAUCAAGCUGCAAAAGGCAAUUAUGGAUUGCUUGACCAAAUCCAGGCUUUGCGCUGGAUUGAAGAAAAUAUUGGAUCCUUUGGAGGCGACCCAAAAAGAGUUACUAUUUUUGGAUCUGGGGCAGGAGCUUCCUGUGUUAGUCUCCUGACACUUUCUCACUAUUCAGAAGGUUUGUUCCAAAAAGCAAUCAUACAGAGUGGAACAGCCCUGUCCAGCUGGGCAGUGAACUAUCAGCCUGCCAAGUACACUCGGAUAUUGGCAGAUAAAGUGGGCUGCGACAUGCUAGAUACUACUGAUUUGGUUGAAUGCCUUCGGAAUAAGAACUACAAAGAACUCAUUCAACAGACUAUCACUCCAGCCACAUACCACAUUGCCUUUGGGCCCGUGAUUGAUGGAGACGUGAUUCCAGAUGACCCUCAGAUUCUCAUGGAGCAAGGGGAAUUCCUAAACUAUGACAUAAUGCUGGGUGUCAAUCAAGGCGAAGGUUUAAAAUUUGUUGAUGGUAUUGUAGACAAUGAAGAUGGUGUUUCACCCAAUGACUUUGACUUUUCUGUCUCCAAUUUUGUGGACAAUCUAUAUGGUUAUCCAGAAGGGAAAGAUACUCUGCGAGAGACUAUUAAGUUCAUGUAUACUGACUGGGCAGACAAAGAAAACCCUGAAACAAGACGGAAGACCUUGGUAGCUCUUUUUACUGACCACCAGUGGGUUGCUCCUGCUGUGGCCACCGCUGACCUUCAUGCCCAAUAUGGAUCUCCAACAUAUUUCUAUGCAUUUUAUCAUCACUGCCAAAGUGAAAUGAAACCAAGCUGGGCUGAUUCAGCUCAUGGUGAUGAAGUCCCUUAUGUAUUUGGGAUUCCCAUGAUUGGUCCCACAGAGCUGUUCAACUGCAACUUUUCCAAGAAUGAUGUCAUGCUCAGUGCAGUAGUAAUGACGUACUGGACAAACUUCGCCAAAACUGG